AACCAACUAGCCCUCAGAGCAGCCUCGCUUCAUCACAAGCCGACUGCCAGGACCAGGGCAUCUCACUGGCCCUGGACCACCCUGCUCUCAGCAUUUCCUCCUUUGCUGCGGCUCUUCCCCUGAGUCUGGCUGUAUUUCUUUCCUGCAGCUUUAAGAAGACCAUUGCUCCGUGGUGGGAUGGUGUGUUAAAGCCACACAGAGGAAGUUACGCAGCCUGGAUCAGACAGUGAGAUAAAAGCUCCGAUUGUGAUUGAAAGUGAUGGCAAAAGGAUUUAGCCUCAGUAUUAACUUGGAGAGGAGUGGAGGGGGAGAGGGAGAGGGAGAUUUUCCAAAGCUCCCAGCCAUCUGUCCUGGAGCUCAGCUGGGGGGAUGCUGACCGUCCCAGAUGAGAAGAGGUGAAACCCACCACAGCCCAGGAAGGACCAGAUCCCAACCAGUGUGGGUUCUUUCCGUGCUUCUUUUCGGGGAGAGAGGGGGAAACAAAAGUUUAACUUGUUUGUGACCGACCUCCGACUCCACCCGAGUGGGAGGCGCGGGCAGGCUUGCCUGCCCCCCUCCCCUCAUCCAGCGUCUCUGGGACGGCUGCAGGCAGCUCCACAUGCAUCCUGAUUGCUCUCCAACCCCAAACUAGCAGCAGCAGCAGCAGCAGCAGCAGCAGCAGCAGGAGCAGCAGCAGCAGCAGCAGCAGCAGCAGCAGCAGCAGCAGGAGGGAGGAGAAAGGACCAGCUUUCACCCCUACAUCCCCCUCACCCACCCAGUCAACAGUCAGAAGAGAGGCAGAGCCCAGAGGGGGUGGUGGUGCUUUGGCUGACUGACUGACCUGCGCUCCUCGGUGGAAUCUGUCCGUCCCUCACUGCGCCUGUUAGAGAGGCUCCAAGCCCUGGUGUUGCUAAUGAGCACUCUCUCCUCCCUUCUUACAAUGAAAGACAAGCCAGACCCCAGGUACCUGGAUGGAUUGGUAGCUGAAGCUUCAGAAACUUCAUAAUAAGUUGCCUGUGGCUAGAAACCAAGGUCAGCUGGUCUCCUAUUAGUGCCUAGCCCCUCUUCAAGUAGAGCAAACAACCCAUCCCCUGAUCAACACCUCAGUGGCUUUUUAUUUUUUCAGAUGAAUCACGAGAUAGCUGUCACUUUAAACCCAUAUGAAAGUCUUUCUAUUUUUUUGGUUCUAAACAUUACAUUCAGUCCCAAAGAGGAAUAUGUUUCCAGCUAACAUGUACACUACCUGAUUUGAUUUGAUUUGAUUUCUAAUUCAGGCCUGGGGGGUUCAUUUUAAGUUCUUUCCAGCACACCACACUUUAAGGACGCUUUAAAUCCUUCGUUGAUUGGAAGGACAGAAAUUAAAAGCAAUCUGAUCCAGCCUCAUGCAAGAUCCCUGUGGAUAUUCUCCCUAUCCCAUUUUGAAACCCUGCCAUCAUUUGAGAGUGUGCCCGAUUUCAUCAGCUUCACCUGUGGGAGAAGUCACCCACUUUGCUAUGCCAAGAAUAGGGGAGUGUGAAGUUAUGGACAACUUUUUGAUCUGCUGGUCAACAGUUUGAGAAGCACUCACUCUGAGUUUUCCACAUCAGCUGGCCAGACUUGCCUUCUGGACAAAGAGACUCCUUCUUGCCUACAAACCAGUGGUCCUUGGGUCUCUGGAAUGUUCCUGGCCACUCCUGUUUGGUAGAUGUGGUGUCUCCAUGCUGAGCCCAUCAUUUACUCCUAACCCAGACGCUGCCUUUCCAGGGCCUCUUCAGGCCCAGAGUCCACCGCCUCCACCUGCUGUCAUGCUGCUCCUGGCGUCCCUUCUGUUGCACUGCCUCCCGCUGGCCGUGGCAGACUACGACAUUUGCAAAUCCUGGGUGACCACGGAUGAGGGCCCAUCCUGGGAGUUCUAUGCCUGCCAGCCCAAGGCCACGAGCAUGAAGGACUAUGUCACGGUGAAGGUAGAGCCCACUGGGAUCACCUGUGGAGACCCCCCAGAGAGAUUCUGCACUCAUGAAAACCCAUACUUGUGCAGUGAUGAGUGUGAUGCUUCAAACCCAGACCUGGCCCACCCACCUCGGCUCAUGUUUGACAAGGAGGAUGAGGGGCUGGCCACCUACUGGCAGAGUGUGACAUGGAGCCGAUACCCAAGUCCACUGGAAGCCAACAUCACCCUUUCCUGGAACAAGAGUAUUGAACUGACUGAUGACAUAGUGGUGACCUUUGAGUAUGGUCGGCCCACUAUCAUGAUGCUGGAAAAGUCACUGGACAAUGGGCGGACAUGGCAUCCCUACCAGUAUUAUGCUGAAGACUGCAUGGAAGCCUUCAACAUGCCUCCCCGCAGGGUCCGAGACUUGUCCUCUACAAGCGCCAACCGGGUUGUGUGCACAGAGGAAUAUUCCCGGUGGGCUGGCUCCAAGAAGGAGAAGCAUGUUCGCUUUGAGGUACGGGACCGCUUUGCCAUCUUUGCUGGCCCAGAUCUCCGCAACCUAGACAAUCUCUACACCAGACUGGAAAGUGCCAAGGGACUCAAGGAGUUUUUCACCGCCACUGACCUGCGCAUGAAGCUGCUUCGGCCUGCUUUGGGUGGCACCUAUGUUCAGCGAGAGAACCUCUACAAAUACUUCUAUGCCAUCUCCAACAUCGAGGUCACUGGCAGGUGUAAAUGCAACCUCCAUGCCAACCUGUGUUCCUACAAAGAAGGAGGCCUUCAGUGUGAGUGUGAACACAAUACCACCGGCCAGGACUGUGGCAAAUGCAAGAAGAACUUUCGAACCCGCUCAUGGAGAGCAGGGUCCUACCUGCCCCUCCCUAAUGGCUCCCCUAAUGCAUGUGCGGCUGCAGGCUCCGCCUUUGGCAGAAUCAGUCGGCCACAGAAAGUCACUGUCCCCAAGGCCACUGCCACCUCAAUGGCCCCUGAGGUGGCCAUCACCACUUCUACUCCCACAACCCCCACCACACAAGCCCUCACCCUUCCCAGCACCCAACAAUCCACAGAGUGGACCAGGUCAUCAACAGCUGCCCCUCUGCAGAUGGGCACCCCUAUGCCCAAGGUUAACACCAAAACAGAAGCCACCACCACUGUUGCUGCCCCCAUUGUUGCUGCCCCUGCCAAGAUCUCCAAACUUUUCCAGCUCAAGCCUAAGUCUCCUCAAGUGGUGCCCAUUGAAGUAUUCAAAGACUGUGAAUGUUAUGGUCAUUCCAACCGCUGUAGCUACAUCGACUUCUUGAAUGUGGUGACCUGUGUGAGCUGUAAACACAACACCCGAGGCCAACACUGCCAGCACUGCCGCCUGGGCUACUACCGCAAUGGCUCUGCCGAGCUCGAUGAUGAAAAUGUCUGCAUUGAAUGUAACUGCAACCAGAUAGGAUCCAUCAAUGACCGGUGCAAUGAGACCGGUCACUGUGAGUGCCGAGAAGGGGCUGCAGGGCCCAAGUGUGAUGACUGCCUCCCCAGUCACUACUGGCGCCAGGGCUGCUUCCCCAAUGUCUGUGACGACGAAUCCUUACUCUGCCAAAAUGGGGGGACGUGCUACCAGAACCAGCGUUGCCUCUGUCCCAGUGGCUACCAGGGCGUGCUGUGCGACCAGCCUCUCUGCCAGGGGGAGGAAGGCCAAGCCUGCGACCCUGCUCCCCAUGCUGGCCCCCACCUCGCUGUGCUCCUUGGCUCUGGGUUGCUUCUGUGGCUGGCAGGCUGCCUAGGUUACUGACACCGCCUCAUCCCCAAAGCUGGGGGCAAGGAGGGAGCACCGGGGCAAAGGUGCCCCCCCAUCUUCACCCCCAGGGACUGCCUCACUACCAGGACUGUUCACCUCCACUCCAUUCUCACUCACGUCCUUCUGAAUACCAGGAGCAGUCAUGGAGACCUGGCCGAGGAACACUAAUCCUUCCUGCUAGAAGGGUGCCAGUCAAGCCCUUUCUCGGGCUUCCUCAGCAAAGUCUCUGCUCUUUCUCCUUCAUGGACCCUUGACCCAUCCUCUCUUCCCAACGUAGGCCAUUGUUCAGGGCCUGGGACCCAGAUCCCCCUGCCAAAGCAAACCACCCUACAAUUUUGGUUUUACCUCUGGUUUUCUCAUUUCCCCGGGGGGUUUUGUGGGGGAGGGAGGGACAGUGACCACUCUCCCCUUCCACACCCCAAGUUCUGACAAGGCAACAACAGCAUCCCUCCCAAAUCUUUCUGGUGGACUGAGUACCAGCAGCAAGCACCUGUCCAAUUCAUCACACAGCUGGGUGGACAACCUGGAAUUACAGUUGCCUACAAAUCUCGAUGCUGAAUUUAUGAUGUUUUGUAUUCUCACUUUGGUUUCCUUUUGCAAACCACCAGGUCCCUAAGGUCAGCCCUGGGGUUGAGGUGAGAACUUCACUGUCUCGAGGUGGGGAAGGCUCUGAAGAGUGUAGGGAUGGGUACUUUGUUUUGUAAAGAAUUAUUUUUGUUUGUAUUGUGUCCCACAUAUCUAGGGGACAGGAAGGGAAGAGCCAUUCACCGUGGGUGUUGGGAUGAUGGCAUAUAAUCCUACAAAGUAAAAGACCUGUUAACUGCU